UGGUACAUUCAACAGAUCUGAUCAACAUGUACGGGUUUAGCAAACAGAAGUCUGGGAUAGGUAGCAACAUGAUCCAGAGUUACAUGGGAGAACAACUAGACACACUACACACUUCCAGUGCCAAGUCUGUGACCAACUACAAGGACAAGGUCAUAUCAUUCCUUGUCGGAGCGUUUACACUCAUAGUGCUGCCAUAUUUCCAUAUAGGUAUUUACCACUUGAAGAUAUGGGUACCAGACAAGCCAAGAGUUCCUAAAAAUAACUGCACUUGUACUUGUUUUGACACUGUGUUUAGAGGACAGUACGAGAACCCAGGUAUGACAAGGUACAAACAUGUAUACUUCAAUGCAACAUGGCAAACAUUUCGUAUCUGGAUAUUUACUAUUGUGUUUGUGUUGCUGGCGUACGAAAGCAUCAAGUAUGUUAUACCUCUGGUACGAAGACAGAAAGUGAGAAUAUCAAUGUUUGCCUUAUACAUCCUGAAUAUCUACCCACAUUACUACUCUUGGUGGAGUUACUUCAGUUACUACAAUGAAGAUUUCUACCGUUACUUCAAGCAUCACAUGUGGUUCACCAUAACGGAGAUAAUCACCACAUGUAUCGUCCUCAACUUGUGUGACAAACGUAACGAGAUCGUCUCCUGGAAAAUUCUUGCCAUUGUCAGCAUAAAUGUUAUGCAUAUUUUUGUUGGUGGUAUGGACCAGUUUAUAGCAGAUGUCAUUUACGGACAAGGGGCAGCAUUCCACAAAGCGAGAAAUAUUGCCUUGAUGAUUCCAGACUGUCUACAUGUUAUAAUACCAGCAUGGGAACUGUACAAGUUUGCUCAACGGAAAGAACUCAAGAUCAAUGAGAUAUGCUACAAGGAGGAGAUAUUUCUUUGUGUUAUAUUUAUUUCCAUGGGAACCCUUGUUGGAAGAUUACUUUAAUAAUGUUUGCUGAAUUGAAUCAGUCUUCAACUUUACAGAUCUACUCAAGAAUCUCGAGAUUUUAUGGCAUAAAACAAUGACCAAAUGCCAAAGAAGUUCAGCCAUGAAUUGACAACAUUUUAUGGAAAUCUUUAGAAAGUGCUUACAGUUGUACAUGUAUAUGGCGAUGGUUGUCAGGGAUUAGCAAUACUAUGAUGAAAUGUGUACUCUGAGUUUAAACAAUGUAUUUUGUAGUCAUUUUUUAUACUGUUUUGUAUAUUUGAAUGUAGGACAAAGUCCUCUGCUUAAUUUGACCAAGGCAGACAAACUCCCCCUGCUGUAAAGGUGGUUAAUCAGAUUUUGGUCAGCUAAUAGAUUUGUUCAAAACAUAACCAACUCAUCAUUAUGUCUUCCCCAGGGGGUAGACAUAUUGCUUUUGCAAUGUCUGUCUGUCCUUCCGUCUGUCAGACUUCAUUUCCGAUCAAUAACUGGAGAACUAUUUCACCUAGAACCUUCAAACUUCAUGUGAUAGGAUUUACGGACUAGAUGGCCCCUGUAGUUCUUGGGGUCACCCAAUCAAAGGUCAGUGUCACAGAGGCCUGAACAUGGAAAACGGUUUCAGAUCAAUAACUUGAGAACCACACGACUCAGAAUGAUAAAACUUUGUAGGAUGAUUGGACGUGCAGAGUUGAUGACCCCCAUUGAUUUCGGGGUUACUCCACCACAGGGGCCAGAAUCCGUCACUUCAUUUCCGAUAAAUAACUGGACAACCUUCAAACUUCAUAGGAUGAUAGGGCUACAUAGUAGAUGACCCAGUUUUUUUUAGGAGAGUCAUUCAAUCAAAGGUUAAAGUCAUGGAAAACUGUUUCAGAUCAAUAACUUCAGAACCAUUUUACCCAGAAAGUGUAAACUUCAUAGGAUGAUUAGACAUACAGAAUAGAUGACCUCUAUUGAUUUUGUGAUCACUCAAUUAAAGAUCAAGGUCACAGUGGCUAGAACAUGGAAAAUCAUUUUCAGUCCAUAACUUGAAAACCACUUGAACCAGAAAAUUGAAACUUCAUGGGAUAAUUGGACAUGACGAGUAGAUUAACCCUAUUGUAUUUCAGUCUAUAAGCCAACCAUCAGUGUCUCUUUGAUUUCUGCUCAUGUCCUCUAUUGACUUCUUGCCUGUUACUACUAUGCUUUGGGGGAGACAUAUGCGCUUUUCUACAAAAACAUCUUCUAGUUUACACUUAUUUGUGUUCACCAAGUUCUUGAUGCAAGUCAGAUCUUUAUUGGAAGUAUUUUUUAAAAUUUGAUUUACCUAUCCUGGUUGCCAAACUCAGAUAAUGUUAUUUAGCAUAAGUAUAAAAUUAGAGAAUAUUUUGCCUAAGGAAUGAUAUGAAUAUAAGCACUAUUGUAUUAAAGCAGGGUUUGAAUUUAAGCUCGCAUACUCAUGAAAUGCGAGUGCAAAUUUCAAACUGCGAGGUGAGAUUUCAGACACCAGCAUUUUUUUGCGAGUGAAAAUUUUUGGCCGAAUAAUGUGCAUUUCAAACGGUCGUCUCAAUCUUACACUGUUCUUUCUUUAACAACUCGCGGUUAUUGCAGCGCAUUGUCAUUUGCAGAACGAAUUUCGGAGCACUCUUUCAUCUUUCCUCGUAAACGGAAGUUUACACUCGAUACAUGUCCCGUGCGCAUGUCUUUUCAAUUGCUAACAAGUACCUGCGCCAAUUUUGAUGACGUUUACCGCAUCCGGUGGGUUUUUUGGCAAUCUAUAAUAAGUUACUAUUUAUAUAGCAUAAAUACGAUUGGCUGGACUCGUCACGUUGAUGUUUGUGUUAAUGUUCUAAUAAAGUGACAAGUCGCGGAAAAUGCAAGUUGUUUUUCCAUUUAGCAAGUUAAAAAAAAUACCACUUGCGAAAAAAUGCAAGUAGAAAAUCUGGCUAAAUUCAAACCCUGUAAAGUUGUCAAAGAUUUGCAUUGACAAGUAUAUAUUCUGCAGAAAUUAAUCAGAAAUGCAAGUUGAUAAAAUUUCAGUUACAUCCCUUUGUCCAUCUUGGUUUCACAUGAAAAUAGAUGAAUUCCAAAGCUACAUGUUAUUUUAAAAAAUUGUGUUUUGUUUCAGGUAGUUGAAAUAUUCCAAUAUUUGUCAAUGUAAAACUAGAAAUCAUAUUGAAAUCAAAAGAAACAGUCCACAAGUUUUUUGUGUUAAAGGUAGGUUAUUACAAAAAGUAAUAAAAUAAUUAUACCUUUCCAAUAGGUAUCUAACUCUGUGUAAAGGCUCUUCUAGUUCCUUAAAUAAAUCUCUAAUAGAAUCUAUGAAAAUUGAAAACUGUCAUAAAGUGUCCCUCAAAUGUGAUUGACCACCUUUAAGAUGUAAAAUUUAUCAACAUAAAUUGAAAAAUAAGGUGAUUUUUAAUUGUAAUUAAAUAAUAUAUUUAUUUUAUACAUUAUAGAAGAAAAUCAUAGGGUGAGAGAUCUUGUCCAAUUGGUCAAAUUGAGUAGGUUUUUUUUUUCAAGGUGUGGUACAAGGUGAUGAAUAUGUGAUCUUUAUUUAAGUUUAAGGUUGUUCAGUGUCACUGACCAUGUUGACCUGCAGAUACCAGAUUUCUGGAAUAUUAGCUAUUGCAUUCUUACCUUAUUUUCACACUGAAGUAUGUUUACAGUGUUUAUAUUGUCUUUCAGUUUUAAUGGAUAUCUAAAAUGAAGUAGAUAAGAACUUUAUUUUUUUUCCACAACCAUAUUUAUCUUAGUGUAUUUACUAUUAUUUAGGUUGUAAAUCAUGGACAUAUCAGAAUACAUUCCAACAAUUUUACUAAAAUACUUAUUUUUAUAUUUUUACUGAUAAAUAGGACAUUGUUGAAAUGUUGUUCAGUGGUUGUGUUUUACAUUGUCUUUUGAAAUGUAUGUAUAUAUUGCAAUUAUAUAUGUAUGUAUAUAGCCAAAAUGAAUUCUUUUUGGAAAUUCAGAUAAUACUAGUCUAGGUUCAUUGUGUAUAUUUGUUUAAUGUUUUAAGUGCCAUCAUGGUAAUUGUAUAAAUGUUCACAGAAGUGUAAUUCUUCUAUUAUCUGUUGCAUGGUUGUAAACACACUAUAAGAUUAUAUUGCUUGAUCCACUUAUUACAUAACAAGGUUUUUUUUAGCUCACCAGAGCACAAAGUGCUCAAGGUGAGCUAUUCUGACCGGUCAUUGUCCGUCGUCGUCUGUCCUCCAUCAUGUGUCGUCUGUCAACAUUUUGCCUUGUUAACACUCUAGAGGCCAGAUUUGUGACCCAAUCUUUAUGAAACUUGGUCAGAAUGUUUUUGUAGAUGACCUCUAGGUUAAGGUUGAAACUGGGUCAUGUGGGGUUAAAAACUAGGUCAUUAGCCAAAUCAAAGGAAAAUCUUGUUAACACUCUAAGAGUCCACAGUUCAAGUUUGAAACUCAUGAGAAUUGGCAGAAUGUUUGUCUUGAUGACCUUUAGGUCAAGUUAGAAUCUGGGGCAUGGGGUCAAAAAACUCGGUCACCCAUUCAAAUCAAAGAAAAAGCUUGUUAACGCUCUAGAGGCCACAGUUGUAACCCGAUCUUUAGGAAACUUUGUCUGAAUGUUUGUCUUGAUGAUCUCUAGGUCAGGUUUGAAACUGGGUCAUGUGAGGUCAAAAACUAGGUCAGUAGCCCAGAUCAACUCUGUUAAGCAUAAAGGGCCAUCAUGGCUUGUUUUGUGAAUUGCAGCUUUAUUUUGCAAGAUCUGUAUAACAUACACAUCAUUCUAAAGACCUCCUGUGGUUGUAGAAGCUAGGGUCUUUUUAGUUACGUUUUAAGGUUUAUGGCCAAAAAGAAUCUUAAUUUCAAAACAAAAAUCUUUAUACAAUAUUUAUAUUUUUUUUGAAAAUGUUGCUAUCUUGCUAACUAAGACAUUCUGAAAGGUUUACAAAUACAUGUAAACACAAAAAAAGAAUUCAUAAAAAGUGGCUGAAAUUUACAAUGGAAAAUACACCAUAAGAAUUGUUUUUGAAGAUAAAUUAAAAACUAACCAAGGUAUUUUAAAAAUGUAAAAAAAUUAUAUUACCACCCUUAAGGAUGAUAUACAUGUAUAAUACCAGUGGUGUUAUCUUAUAUUUAAAGGGGAAUCAAGGGGAAACCUUUUAGUGCAAAACAUGGAUCAAAUAGUUGUACAAGUUUGUCAGUCAUAUGUAAAUAAUGGUAAAGGCAGAUAAGUAAUAUGUCAGUACUGAAAGGAAAAAGAAAAAAAAAAUCUGAUGUCUUUUAUGUUUGUAACUACUCAUACUAAAACUUUAAUAGUAACAAGCUCUUUUUAACCAGAAGAAUAAAUCAUGUCUGAAAUUUUAAACUGGUAACUGAUCUUCUUAAUGGAUUUUAUUAAUAUUUUGGUUUAAACAUAUUUUAUUUCCCAAUAAGUUACAUACAUAGAUUUUGGAUUGGACUGGAAGCCAGUAGGCUUAUUGAAGUCCUCUCCAUCUAUUAAUAUUUUGUCUUCAUGAAAUUAAUUUUUCCUUGCUGAAUAUCAAACUUCACUGAGCAAACAAAGCAUAGUCAAGUCUAAUAAUAUGAAACAUUACAUUAAAUGUACUUAUCAUGUAGGUUAUUUUACGAUAAUUGUUCGUACAAGUAUGUUGAACUAGUACAUUUAUAUAUGUUAUCAAAUUAAUCAUUUAUACAUUUAUAGAAGAAGACAGAAAAACUGAAAAUAUAUUGA